AAAAGCCGGGCAGAGGAAUCGCGGACGAGCGCAGCGCACGCUGUUGUUCCUCUUCUGUCCUCAUUGUAUAUUAACUACAAAGUGGAGCUGUUGGUUUCAACCAUCAUUUAUUUAUUUAUUUGAAAUUCCUAAAUUGUCUAUUUCGUGUGGAACGUUGUGUUUUUGGUUAAAUUUGUUAAAUUAAUACCACGAGAAUGUCCGACCAGGAGAACGGCGCGGACAAGCGGGAAGAAAAGCCCGAACUUGAAGCCGGGGCAGCAGAGGAUGAUGCGUCGGACACCGGUCGAGAAGAGACCUCUGAGGCUGGACAGGAGAGUAAAGAGGAAUCCUCUUCAUCUUCUCCGAAAGAGUUUGAGGGGAAGGACUUGUUGCAUGGAUAUGAGGAAAAAGUGGAAACAGAUCGGGGAAACCGGUUCGAAUUCUUGCUGAAACAGACUGAGCUCUUUGCUCACUUUAUUCAGCCUGCUGCUCAAAAGACUCCCACUUCGCCCCUGAAGAUGAAGCCGGGUCGUCCUCGUGUCAAGAAGGAUGAGAAGCAGAAUCUCAUUUCUGUUGCAGACAACCGUCACAGACGAACAGAGCAGGAGGAGGAUGAGGAGUUGUUGAGUGAAAGCAACAAAACCACCAACGUGUGCACACGUUUUGAUGAGUCCCCCUCUUAUGUCAAAACAGGUCAACUCAGGGACUAUCAGAUCCGUGGGUUGAACUGGCUUAUUUCUCUGUACGAGAACGGCAUCAAUGGGAUCCUUGCUGAUGAGAUGGGUCUGGGAAAGACUCUUCAGACCAUUUCGUUGCUGGGUUACAUGAAGCACUACCGCAGCAUUCCAGGGCCUCACAUGGUUCUGGUGCCCAAGUCAACGCUGUACAACUGGAUGAAUGAGUUCAAGCGCUGGGUGCCCUCCCUGAAGGCUGUCUGUCUUAUCGGUGACCGAGAAGAGAGGAACGCCUUCAUUCGUGACAUCUUGUUACCAGGGGAGUGGGAUGUGUGCGUGACCUCUUAUGAGAUGCUCAUCAUUGAGCGUGCUGUGUUCAAGAAAUUCAACUGGAGAUACCUUGUCAUUGAUGAGGCCCACCGAAUCAAGAACGAGAAGUCAAAGCUGUCAGAAAUUGUACGCGAGUUCAAGACCACCAACCGCCUGCUGCUGACAGGAACCCCACUCCAGAACAACCUUCAUGAGCUGUGGGCUCUGCUGAACUUCCUACUGCCUGAUGUCUUCAACUCCUCUGAGGACUUUGAUUCCUGGUUUGACACAAACAACUGCCUUGGAGACACGAAGCUUGUGGAACGUCUACACACUGUAUUGCGCCCCUUCCUGCUGCGUCGUAUCAAAGCUGAUGUGGAGAAGUCCUUGUUGCCCAAGAAAGAGAUCAAGAUGUACGUGGGUCUCAGCAAAAUGCAGAGAGAAUGGUACACCAAGAUCUUGAUGAAGGACAUUGACAUCCUCAACUCGUCGGGCAAGACGGAUAAGAUGCGUCUGCUGAAUAUCCUGAUGCAGCUGAGGAAGUGCUGUAACCACCCCUACCUGUUUGACGGUGCUGAGCCUGGCCCCCCGUACACCACAGACCUGCAUCUGGUGGUCAACAGCGGCAAGAUGGCCGUGCUGGAUAAGCUGCUGCCCAAGAUGAAGGCUCAAGGGUCUCGGGUGCUCAUCUUCAGCCAGAUGACCAGGGUGCUGGACAUCCUGGAAGACUACUGCAUGUGGCGUAACUAUGGUUACUGCCGUCUAGACGGACAAACUCCUCAUGAAGAGAGACAGAUCUCCAUCAAUGCAUACAACGAGCCCAACAGCUCCAAGUUCAUCUUCAUGCUGAGUACCAGGGCUGGAGGCCUGGGCAUCAACCUUGCCACUGCUGAUGUUGUCGUCAUCUAUGACUCUGACUGGAACCCUCAGGUUGACCUCCAAGCCAUGGACCGUGCUCACCGAAUUGGCCAGAAGAAGCAGGUGCGCGUGUUCCGGUUCAUCACUGAGAACACUGUUGAAGAACGCAUUGUGGAAAGAGCAGAGAUGAAGCUGCGCUUGGAUUCCAUCGUCAUUCAACAAGGUCGGCUGGUGGACCCAAGCGCAAACAAGCUUGGCAAGGACGAAAUGCUGUCUAUAAUUAGGCAUGGUGCCACACACGUCUUCGCGUCCAAGGAGAGUGAGAUCACUGACGAUGACAUUGAUGAGAUUCUGGAGAGAGGCCAGAAGAAGACGGAGGAGAUGGCUGAUAAGAUGGGUAAACUUGAGGAAAGUUCCCUGCGUAACUUCACCAUGGAAGCAGAAAACAGUGUCUACAACUUCGAAGGCGAGGAUUACAGAGAGAAGAAAAAGGUCCUCACAAACUGGAUUGAACCCCCCAAGCGAGAGCGCAAAGCUAACUAUGCAGUGGAUGCAUACUUCAGGGAGGCGUUGCGCGUCAGUGAGCCCAAAGCGCCCAAGGCUCCCAGACCUCCUAAGCAGCCAAAUGUUCAAGACUUUCAGUUCUUCCCUCCGAGACUGUUUGAGUUACUGGAAAAAGAAAUCCUUUAUUACAGGAAAACCAUUGGUUACAAGGUUCCACGCAACCCAGAUCAGCCAAACGCGGCCCAUGCACAGAAGGAGGAGCAAGCCAAGAUUGAUGAAGCCGAACCACUGAAUGAGGAGGAACUUGAGGAGAAGGAGAACCUUCUCACGCAGGGAUUUACCAUUUGGAACAAACGGGAUUUCAAUCAGUUCAUCAAGGCCAAUGAGAAAUGGGGACGAGAUGACCUUGAGAACAUUGCCCGUGAAGUUGAGGGUAAAACGCCAGAGGAGGUCAUGGAAUACUCUGCUGUGUUUUGGGAACGAUGCAAUGAACUUCAGGAUAUCGAGAAGAUUAUGGCUCAAAUUGAGAGGGGUGAGGCCAGGAUCCAGAGGAGGAUCAGCAUAAAGAAAGCACUUGACUCAAAGAUUGGUCGCUACAAGGCUCCGUUCCAUCAGCUGCGGAUAUCUUAUGGCACCAACAAGGGAAAGAACUACACUGAAGAGGAGGACCGCUUCCUCAUCUGCAUGCUGCACAAGUUGGGCUUUGACAAGGAGAGCGUUUACGAUGAGCUGCGCCAGUGCAUUCGUAACUCCCCACAAUUCCGCUUUGAUUGGUUCCUCAAGUCCCGUACUGCAAUGGAACUACAGAGGAGGUGUAACACACUAAUUACAUUAAUUGAGCGAGAGAACAUGGAACUGGAAGAGAGGGAGAAAGCGGAGAGGAAGAAGAAAGGACCACGUACAUCAUCGGCUCAAAAGCGCAAGUCUGAGGGUACCGCAGAUGGCCGUGGACGCAAGAAGAAGCUGAAGUUGUGAGCAAUGCAAUGCAACAGGGAUCACUGAACAGUGGGGUGGACUGGGAAGCUAACUCCAAGCAUACCUCCAAACGACAGCGGGGCCAAAAGCAAGCGGCGGAGAUGUGUGUGUGUGUGUGUGUGUGUACUCUUUACGGGUUCCUGCUCACGUACUGUACCAGACUGUAUUACCCAAACUUGUUUCACAAGAGUAGAAUGUUGCUGUCGCCGGUAGAGAGUAGUGUUGGGAUUGGUCGCCUUUUAGUCUUGUAAGCCCCUUUCUACAGACUUCUUUGAUGUCUGAGUUGUUUGAUGUCUGAUGUUUAUAUAUAUAUAUCCCUCACCUUUACUCCUUAAAUAGUGAUUUUGUGAGGUAGGCAAAUAGGUGACUUUAAGCCCGGAUGAUGUGUAUGGCAUUCCAAUUCUUGUAUUAAUAUUAAUUGCAUAUUCUUCAUCUUCAUCCUCAAUGUUUUUAUUGUACCUACCUACUUGAGUAGUGAAACCGCCUCCAAUAAAGACACCUUUUUUUUU